GAUUUGAAGUGCGCUCGAUGAUAAUACGGUCGGACAGUAUUGGCGGCGGGCGGCGGCGAGCCGGCUCCCUUCGUUGUGUAGCGUCGCGCGCGCACCACAGGCGUACACGUCUCCGCGUAAAAAUAAAGUCCACGGCCCGCGCUCUCGCACUUCAACCCAUUUAUAAUUAUCAGUAAAUCGCCGCGCGAGUGCAUGACUGCCGCGGCCGGCGACCGCUCGCCUAAAAGAAAAUCACAUUCGGUAACCUCGAACCCGAAUCUCUCGUCCCUGUACACCGGGCCCUUGUUUCACAAACGAACGACGCGAAAGCCCUAAAAUACGCUUAGACGAACCUCGACGAAUCGUCACUCCUACGCAAUAGAUACCGGUGUCGCGAGACGCGUGGAGCCGUCUGUGAAUGGACCGUGUGUGUUGUGUGAUAUGAUUAUGUUGUGUUAGUGAUAACAGUGUAGCGAUUUUUCCAACAUGCCUGAAAGGCCGAAGCGACGUAAAAAUAAUAAAAACAAACGUAAAAAUAAGAACAAUAAACCUGAGGCGAACAAAAAUAAUAGUGACUUAAACAAAGUAGACAGUGAAUCGUGUACUAGUCUAAAUGAUAAUGAAGCGGACUUUGCGGAAGGUGAAGUGACUGAAUCAAAGGAAAUAAAGGAUGAAAUUUUGCAAACUCCGAUUGGAAAUGAUAACACGGCAGGUAGUACUUCUAGUGACGUAGUUAACUUGAACGGUGAUUUAAAUAAUAACAGUAAUGAAACUAUAAACGACGUGGCGAGCACGCCAACUGAAAAAUGCCAAGAUCUCGAUACCACUGAUUCUAUUGCUUACGUUGUGGAACCUCCUGAAAAAACUGAAAAAAAGUCUCAUAAAAGCAAAGCUAAAUUGAACAGCAAAGUAAAAAGUAAAAGUUUAGAUGAUGAUGACGCUACCAAAAUUAUUGAUGUUACUGAAGAUGAUACGGUAGAACCAGGGAAUGAAAACGCAUUGGCUUUAAUAGAAAAUCAAAAUGUUGUAGUUACGCAUGUGGAAUCGGACGUAGAGUGGGAGAGUGCUGCUGAACUGAAUGAAACUGACAUACCACAAACUCAAGAAGUGGCUACUGGAACUUUAUCAGUUACAACAAUCCCACUCAGUGUAGCUCAGUGUGACCAAACAAAGUCAUUAACACCUGACGAAGAAAAAUCUCUUAGAUCUUAUUUGAAUACUCUUAAUUUAGCAACACAACCGGAAGGCUUAAACUCUAUUGAAAUAAAAACGGAAAUAGAGGAAAUAAUCAACCAAGAAAUUAAGCAACGGUUACGCAAAAAAGGAUUGGCAGAUGAUUUCUUCACGCACCGACUUGGUCCUCCCAGAAUGUUAGAUGUCAUCGAUGAGGAAGGCAGUAGUGAAUCCUCUAUGACGUCACGUCGUCAGUCAUACCUCAGUGAUAAGAGAAGUGACAUCGAAGACUUAGAUGAUGACGUUUUUGAAGAUAAAAACAAACCAACGUUGCAGAAGAAAAUGAUGUCUAGUGCGAUCCAUAAGAAAACCUUUGGGCAAUUGGUACCCCAAGAAUGUCUUUUGGUAGGAGCUAAACUCAAACAGCCUGAAGUUACUGAAGCCAGGGGUGAUUGGACUAUGAAAACUGUGGAAAAAAUGACUGGUGCCGAAGUAGUUUAUCUAACAGAUACAUCGAGUAGCACCAGCUCACUUCACGAAAUUGGAGAAGAAGAUGAUGGGGUUGAUACUGAUGUAUCAGUGCGUAUGAUAACACCAACUAUUGAAGUUACUGACACCGAAAACUUCCUCAAAAAAUCAUUUAUUUCUAGUAAAGAAGACAUUAAACAAAAUGUUCAGGUGCAAAGUGAGCAAAAUACCAGUAGUCAAAAUAAUGAUACUAAACAAGCUCCUGUUACAAACUCAGAGAAAGUAGAUAGUAAAAUUGGAAAUACUGAACGUAUCAUUAAAGUUGAAAUAGAAAAUGAUAAACUUAAAAAUAUUUCCAACUCUGGUAACAGAACAAAGGGUGUUGAGCGCAUUAUAGAAAUUAUUUCCGAUACGGAAACUAAAGAAAGUUCCCAAAAAAUAGUCUUUAAUAAGACUAACGGUAAUAAUGAACGAAUCGUUAAAGUUGUACGUGAUCAAGAUGUGCAGAAGAAUCCAGUUUCCAAUAACCAAUGUAAAGAGAAAAUAAAUGAGCGUAUUGUAAAUAUUGAAGUCGAUAAAUCAGGUGUAAAUAAGAGUAAUAUGGAAAAUGUUUCAAGUCAAGAUUCGCAUGAAAUAGUUAUUUUGUCAACUGAUAAUAUUAAAACCAAUUUAUAUGUCAAAGAUAUUGAUGAAAAUGUUAACAAAAAUGACGUCAAAGCCGAAACAAAACAGAAUAAAUACGAUUUAGAAUCAAAACUAAUUAAAUGCGAAUUUAACGAUGCAAUAAAUAAUUUGAUAAAGGAAGUUACAUCUGAAUCCGAAGACAAUAAUGAAAAUUUGAAGGAAAAUUUUACACGCCAAGACUCUUCAAGCAGUGUGGAUUCCUCUCAGUGCACCGCAAAAUAUAACCCUAAUUAUUCAUCCCUCAAUGACAUAUCUAGCAUGACGCAUGAGGACACUAAUGUGAAUAAUAAGAUAAAUCCAGUACAAUUAUCUACAUCUACAAGCCAUGUCAAAGAUGUAUUUGAAUGUGUUACAGGAGCCACGACUCAAAGUAAGACGAUCAAUGAUGAUGACACAAAUGAACCACUAAAACUGAGAGAUUUGUGUGUCAGGAAUAUAGCAACACUGCCAUAUGGCAAGAAAAUACUUGAAGAAUUAGCUUCUGUAUCUGAACGUUUGCAAAAUAUUGCACUUUUCGGCACAAAUGUCAAGACAAUUGAUAAAAAGCAAGAAAACGCAGAAAAUAUGCCACAUUAUAGGUUACCAGAUGUGUCAUCUAUUGAAACGAUAACUAUACCCCAUAAACCAAAAGAUCCCGUACCACCACCAGUAAAGCCACGCAGAUCAUCUUUAAUAAGAAAAACAUCACAAGAGGACGAGCACUGGACUGGUAUACCAACUAAAACGGAGCCGGUAUAUGUUUGUCUAUCUCCCUCUCAGAAAAUGUUGAUGGAGAAAACAAAUACGGUGAUAACCAAAGACGAUGCUAGCCACCUUGUAGAUAUGCAUAGAAAAUAUGUGGAUCGAAGGGGUUACAAUGAGCAGUUUAAAAAUGAUAAAGAACGAGAACAAAAUGAAAUCGAUACAACUCCAAUCAUACCUUUCAAAUCGCAAACUGGGAGUCGCUUACUCGCUUUGAUUCGUGACCCUAGUCUUACUAAUAACAUAAAUUCACUAAACCAACGAAUGAAUAGCAGUUCAGAAGAGAUGCACAAAAGGCAAACAACGACAACCUUUUCUAAAAGUAACCAUGACCGAGUCUCCAGUCGUGAGUUUUCGUUUAAACCAAUUCCACCACCAAGACCUAAGAAAUAUUCAUCUUCAUUUUACGAGAGUGACGAAAGUUCGGACUUCACCGAUAGUUCUAUGCGUUCUAUUAAGAGUGAACGCAAAUUCUUCCACUACUCUACUGGCAACCUAAAUAAAGAAAUAGAGAGCGACAUAUCCUCAAUUCAAAAUAUGCAUCGUUACUUCACCGACACUAGAGAUGAAAUGAAUGACUAUAAAUGCCCUCGAAGACCUUCACUUCCUAAAGAUUUGUGUGAACAACAAAUGGAGUACAUUCGUAAAAAAGAGAAAGAAGUUGAAGCUGAAAUCCAACGACUUGAAGCUUUAAAACAAAGUGUGCCUCAAGCACAAAGACAGGGACCCAGAGCACCCUUGAUAUCGGAAAAGGAAGUCAUUACCGAAAGGUUGAGAGAUUCAAAUAAUUUCAGCGUAUCACGUAAAAAAGAUGUAGUUAUGACUUCACAAGAAUCCGACAACAGGAAAGGAAAAUUGUCCUCUGCAUUUAGCAGCAGUCAGGAAGAGUUACUACGAGAGAAAAUGUAUUCCGAAUACGUAUCUCAAAUGGCAGAACGUGAAGAAAGGAAACAACACCGAGUAAUCAAAAUAACAAACACUCCAGCCUCCACCAGUCAUAAUAUUACCAUUUCCAAAAGUAUGCCGAUGCUUGACAGUCUCGAUUCCAAAGUCAACAAUAGAAUCGAGAAGGAAUUCAUAUCUAAAGCUAGGGAACGGUGGGACAAGUUAGGUAUUAAAGAUCCAGAAACUGAAGACGAACGAGAUUCUGGUAACAAUGUGUACAAAGAACCUAAAGUGAUAGAACAUAAAAUUAAAGUGAUUGAAGGUGGUGAGGAGAAGGACGUUAAAAAGUUGCCGAAUCAUUUGCAAGAGUUUGUUCAGUUCACGGCUAAGGACAGUGAGCAAGGCAGAAGCAGCUCCGAGACGGUCAUGAUCGCUCCGACGUUCAAGGCGCGCUCGACCUCACCAGCUAUUUGGAGGCCGGGCGCGCCGCCCCCGGUGACCGGCAACGCAGCACGGAGCCCGGGAGCUCCGCCCCCGCCGCCGCCGCCGCCCGUGUGGACGCCCGGCAGCGCGGGUGCUUCGCCCCAGACGCCACGCAAGACCUUCAGGCCAGUGCACUUCGAAGAGACGCCGCCCGCCCGCCGUAAAUUCCCGAAUUCAGAACAGAACGGCUGCACCAGUGGUUCAGAGAGCGAGGGUAGGCUGAGGACGUCUCACAGCGCGCCCGUGACCGGCCUCAGCACGCUGGGCGGGUCUAACACUAACAGCCGCUUGCCGAAAGCGCAGAACCCUACUGUUACUCUGCUGCAGAAGGCACGAGAAGGUCAGCUUUCCCGCGGUCCUGCCUACAUCCAACAGGAGCGAGACUCGGCGCGACUGCCGCGCGACCGACCCUCACCACCGAGAGGCGAUCCAGUUCAUGCGCUUCGAAAAGAAUACGCGAGCGAGGGCGAAGCCGACAGAAGUGAUCACGAACGCGGAGGCGUCCGCAAAAUGGCGGAUGCCCAAAGAAAAGUUGAAGGAAUAGGACCCAUCACCAAAGACGGAAUGCCUGUCGCACUUAGAUCUGAAGUCAAAGACCCCUCGAGGUGGUACAAGAAAAUGUACGACACCAUACACAAAAACAAAUACGAUGACGAUUAUGUGACUAUUCGAUACAAAAGUCGUCGAGGCCAACCACCAGAACGAGUACUCAGCAACAAAUCCCAGUACGCAUACUUUGACCCCCGGUCCGGUUACCUGAGUGAACCUGAGGGAGGUCUCAGUAGACUGGGCACCAGCACAUGGAGCGAUGCCUACGACAGUGACGUCACGACUGGUCCUAGGAGACGAACGGCUUCGGUACAGGAGGAUAGGAGGUUCAACGAUGCCAAUUCACCGUAUAUGCCUAAUACUAAUAAAUACAGCACCCUAGCAUCAGCAAGGGCUAGUCAAGAAGUGUACAAGAACCAACCGGGAAGGAUAGAGAACUACGUGCCUGGCAAAUCUUCGGUAGUUGAUAAAGAAGCUAAACAGUGGUGGGACGAGGUCAUGGACAUAUUUGACGGGUGGCUAGAUGACAACUCCCCCCUACCUCCGUACACGACAUUGCUAGCUCGCGCGAUACAGAAGAGUCAAAACAUAUCAAGUACAACAUCUCUACCGCAAUCUUCACCUAAAGAGAAAAAGGAUCUGACGGCUACGAUCCUUUCCAAAUCGAAUAUGGCAAGAGCUCUAAAAGAAUCCGGGUACGAGUCAGACUCGACGCUGGUGUUCCGUCGUCGUGAGGAUACGGAGGCACCGUUGUCGCCUGCAGAGAGGCGCGCCGCAUACAGAGACCUGCAGGCCGGAGGGGAACCUCCUCUUAGAGGGUUCCGAUCACCUGCACCACCUAGACAAGAGGGCGACUCGGCACCGGAGCCUCCACGCAGGACCUCGCACGGGAGCUACUCAGACACAGAAUCCCCUCGACGCUACGUGGAGAGUGACGUGAACAUCCACUACCGAUGCCCCGUGCGCCACGACCCACUGCCGCUGGUGCCCGAGCGGGAACUCGCGCGCCAGCAGGCCGAGCACAUGAAGAGGCUCUACAGGGAACAGAAGAGGAACAAGUACCUGCAGGAAUUGCAGGACAUGCAGAAUCGUCGACACCAGGAUAACUUCACGCCUUCUCAGAAAAACAUACUGCCUUUAAACAGAUAUGAUGAAGCUGAGAAGGUGAUCGCGAAGGCACUGUAUACCUUCAACGGACAGACGCCCAGGGAACUGAGCUUCAGGAAAGGAGAAAUGAUCCACGUGAGGAGACAGAUUGACAACAACUGGUAUGAGGGAGAGCUUCACGGGAGGAUAGGGUUGUUCCCUUACAAUUAUGUUGAGAUCCAAAAAGGUGAUACGGUACAGGCUCCGAAAAAGCCCGCAGUAGUCGAAGGUCGGGCGAGAGCGAAGUUCGACUUCACAGCUCAAACUAACUUGGAACUGCCUCUGAAGAAGGGAGAGGUCGUCGUGCUUACUAGGCGCAUUGACCAGAACUGGUGGGAAGGCAGAAACGGCUCCAAGACUGGCAUCUUCCCUGAUAGCUAUGUCACUAUACUGCAGGAACCCAGUCCUAGUAAACCUGACCCUCAGCCGAUCCUGAACAGCGACAAGCCAGUAGCAUCACCAGCGGCACACGGGCUGCUCAACGGCUCAGCUAAGAGGAGCAUGGGGCCACACAGCUAUACUCCUCAGCAGAAUAGUCCCGCGCUCUCCAAUGCACCACCCGCUACGCAGCCGCUUCCAGGUUACGUGGCGAAGCCUGCGCAGGCGUCGCUGUCGGCGUCGGAGCGCGGCUACGGGCCACCCACCGGCGCGGGCGUCGACCUCAACAAUACCGAGCCCUUGUACGUCGAUACUAAUGCGGAGGCCAUACCAUACCGCGCGAUGUACAAGUACCGGCCACAGAACCCCGAUGAGCUAGAACUGAACGAGGGCGACACGGUGUAUGUGCUGGAGAAGUGCGACGACGGCUGGUACGUCGGCUCCAGCCAACGGACAGGACGCUUCGGGACCUUCCCAGGUAUGUACGGAGUAGAGGAUUGAUGGAGUAUUGAGUUAGAACUGAACGAGGGAGACACGGUGUAUGUGCUGGAGAAGUGCGACGACGGCUGGUACGUCGGCUCCAGCCAACGGACAGG